CCGAGAGGUUUAAUAGAACCCUUGGUAAUAUGAUCAGAGCCUUGCCACCCCGCGAUAAGUGCAUGUGGCCACGGAUGUUACAAACAUUGACUUUUGCUUAUAAUUGUACUGUCCAUGAGUCAACCGGUUAUGCGCCUUUCUAUUUGAUGUUUGGUCGGAUUCCUCGCCUCCCAGUCGAUGUCAUGUUCCACAAUGUGGAAAGGGAUAAUGAAGUCACGGAUUACCACAGCUACACAAAAAGAGUCAGAGAGGACCUUAAAGAGGCUUUAGCUGCUGCUCAGGCUAAUGCCUACUCCAGCCAGCAACAUCAGGCCCAGUUGUACAAUCUGAAAACAAGGGGCACGGACAUAGUUGACGGGGAUCGAGUACUCUUGGCUAAUAAAGGGGAACGUGGCCGUAGGAAGCUUGCAGACAAGUGGUCUUCUAACCUCUACAUUGUUGUGUCUCAUGAUCCCAGAUGCCAUACUUACCGCAUCAGAGAUGCAGCAACUGGACAAGAGAAAGUAGUCCAUCGCAACUUACUUCUGGCAGCAAACUUCCUGCCACUUGAGUUGGACACAGAGCAAGAGUCGGUGUUUUCCUCUGACAUCACCCCAGAUCCAAGUACUGCUAACGGUGGUGGCCAGGAUGUCUCAGUUGUGUAUACGGAGAGUAAUGGAUUGGACCGCACUGCUGAUUGGGUGGCCAAUACCACCUCAAACCCUGAAGACCUCCAGGAUGCUGAAAGUUGUGUCAGGAAUCUCCAACCAGGAGCAAGCGAUGCUGAGAGUCUUGGAGAGACUAAGUGCCCAGACUCGCCGCAUAACCAGCCAGGAACUGACGAAGAAGCAGUUGCUAUAAGUCCUGGUAGGCCAACAACUCCAACAACUGGUGCUGUAAGUCUUGUCAGAUCCAGGGCUGGCAGGAUAAUCAAACCAGUUAACAGACUGAUACAACACAUGGCACAAAGGAACACACAGACACGUAAUGCAGUCUCUGGAUUUGCAAGGAGUUUAUUUUUGUAGGAGUAAACAACUUUUGUUUGUGAAUGGAGUAUGGUAGUAUUACACCUCUGUAAAUAAGUCCACGCCCAUUAGCUAAACUGCAUGGGAGAGUAACAGCCACCGACUGUGAGAUUGUGUUUACGGCACAAUCUUUUAGCAAGCAGGCAUUGUUGAGUCUGGCCAACUUUCCAAUGUCGCUUUUCCUUUCCUAGAGGAAGACCUUUAAUGUCGCUCAAGUGUGUGUGGUCGUUGUCUGUCAGAUGGCAAGAAUGUUAUUCUGUGUCCAGUCUUGAUUAAUGUUGGGACGGUUUUGAGAAGUUCAGGGGGGAGUAUGUAGCAUGUAAUGUAAUUAUGUAGCAGAAUUAAUUUUAUCUAUUUAUUUUAUUUUUCUUUAUGAACCUUCUCAAAACUAAUUUUCUUUGAAUUGACAUGUCUGUAAUAUAUUAUUUCUGUUUUAUCUUGCUUUCAUUUUUGGCCCCUAGUGUGUAAAAGACCAUCCUCAUCUAUGAAUAUUGGUUUUCCUUUGUUUUUAAUUGUAUUUUGUUUUGGUGGGGAAGCUUUUAUUUUCUUACUUCCUGUUUGUGCGCUACAUCCUGUGUGUUCCCGCUGCUCUCCUCAGUUCGCGCCAAGCUGCGCUGGGGAGAGGGUGUUUGUGGAGAAUCCGGAGCCCAGGAGCUGCUGUGAUUAAAAUGUUCUUGUUUUGAACAGGUAUGUGGGUUGUUUCAGAUUUUAUUUGGAUGUUAAAUUAAUGUAUUUAGCACAUUUCUAUGUUAUGGUGGAAAAUUGUAAUUGUAGGGCAGAUUAUUUCUGUUUAGGUUUUAUUUUAAUUGCUUUGUAUGUCAGAGAAUUUUAGUUUUGUUUAAUGCAUUUCUGUCAGUUCGCGCCAAGCUGCGCUGGGGAGAGGGUGUUUGUGGAGAAUCCGGAGCCCAGGAGCUGCUGUGAUUAAAAUGUUCUUGUUUUGAACAGGAAUAAAAUUAUCCUGAAUCCUGA